AUGCUGCUUCAGACUGUGGUCCUUCUCCUCCUCUGCGUGUCCACGGGCAUGUGUGCCACUUUGGGCCACUACCAGACUCAAGCAAAGGAGGAGGAGGAGGCCCCUACUGUUACUGAUGGUGCUGGAGCAGCUGCCUCUGUAGAGGAACCUAAAGAAGAUAUAGCUCCUGCAGAUGCCAGAGUAGGUGAUUCACCUGCAGCCGAGGUACCGGCAACUAACUCCCUUUUUGGUGACAAUCUACUUGCAAAAAUACUUUCAGUGGAUAGCCCAGCAGCUGACAAACCUGAAGUAGAUGUCCCCGUAGCAGAUGGUGCAACAGCCAAAGAGCCAGGGACGAAAAGCGAUAGGCCUGCUGGAGAUGCCCCUGCUAUGGAAGCUCUUACUGCUGAAGCUGUCGCCCAGGAGCAACCUUCUUCUGAGGAGGAGUGGAAUGAAAUCAAACCAGUCCAGACAAUCCAGUUCCUGAACAGACCCUUGGUACUUGAAGAUGAUAACAAUUGGAGCCUCAACUCUAUCAGAAGUAGUUUCCAGACUGUGCACGGAUACUUUGACUCCCUGGUAGAGCUGGUGGGGGGACACAACGGUGUAUGUCAAUACCGCUGCAGAUAUGGAGAACCACCUCAACCACGUCCAGGCUACCAACUCCCAGAGCCCAACGGCUGCAGCUCCUCUCUGGUGGGAUUCCAGGUGAAUAAUGCUCUUGACCUGGGGAUCCCUGCUAUGACAGAAUGCUGUAACCAGCUCGACAUGUGCUAUGACACUUGCGGGACAAGCAAGUACGACUGUGACGCCAAGUUUCGUUCGUGUCUGUAUGGCAUCUGCUCUGACCUUAAUAAGAGUCUGGGCUUUGCGUCGAAGGUCCAAGCCUGUGAAUCCAUGGCAGACACGCUCUACAAUACAGUGUGGACUCUUGGUUGUAGACCUUACAUGAACAGCCAGAGGGCAGCGUGUGUCUGCGAGGGAGAGGAGAGGGAUGAACUGUGA